GCGACUCCCGGGGCCCUCCCGCCCCGCCCACGCGUUGCCCCGGCGACGCUCUCCGCCGCGGGGCGGCUGCCGCAGCUCCCUCAGCGAGCCGGACCCGCCGCGGCCCGGCCGGACCCCACCAUGCUGCCCGCCCGCCAGCUGGAGGUGGCGGCGGCCCCCGCCGUCCUCUACAGCUACUGCAGCCGGCCCCGCGCCCUGCCCGCUCGCCCCAAGUACCGAGCGCCGCCGGACGCCGCCGAGCCCGAGAAGGAGCCGCUCCGUUACGCCAACCUCAUGUACGACCGCCGAGUAGCGCGUGGCAACACCUACUCCCUUCAAGUCAAACCUGUGAGCACCCAACCCAAUCCCCUAGAGAUUCAACGGCAGAGGGAAGCACGGGAAAGAGCACUGGCUAGAAAGCGUGCAAAAGAGCAAAUGCAACCAAGAACACCUGAGCCUGUGGAAGGCAGAGAGCACAUUCAUGUACAGACAGAACUGUAUUUGGAAGAGAUUAGUGACCGGAUAGUAGAGGUUGAUACAGAAUGUCAAACAGAUGCAUUUUUGGACAGACCACCCACUCCGCUUUUCAUACCAGCCAAAACAGGAAAAGAUGUGGCCACGCAAAUAGAAGAAGGAGAGUUGUUUGACUUUGAUGUUGAAGUCAAGCCAAUCCUGGAAGUGUUGAUUGGGAAAACGGUUGAGCAAGCUUUGCUGGAAGUCAUGGAGGAAGAAGAGCUGGCCCAGCUGUGGGCACAUCAGUGUGCCUAUGCCGAGCUGCGUAAUGCAGAGCUUGCUGAAGUACAGCGCCUGGAAGAGCAGGACAGGCGAUACAGAGAGGAGAAGGAACGUCGCAAACGCCAGCACAUGCAAAUGCUGCAGAAACAGAAAGAGACUACAGAGAAAAUUGCAGCUCGGGCAUUCGCUCAGCGUUACUUGGCUGAUCUCAUUCCCUCAGUCUUCAACAAUCUUCGUGAUAGUGGAUUUUUUUAUGACCCUAUAGAAAGAGAUAUUGAGACAGAAUUCCUUCCGUGGCUGAUGACAGAAGUGGAAGAAACACUAGAGAAGAAGGUUCUGGGGAGGACAGUGCUUGACUCCUUGAUUCGUACAGUGGUUGAAAAACGGUUAGAUGCAUUUAGCCAUAAGCCUCUGUCUGAUGAGACAGAGGCACCUGCUGAAGAGCUCAGGCCAGCAGAUGCAGCACCCCAGGCGAACAGUGAGACAGACGCUGCUGACCAACUGGUUGCAGAGAAAGAAGGGGGUGACCAACCUGUUGCUGAUGAACACCCUUCACGUCACGUCUCUUUCCAGUUAGAAGAGUCGGAUCAAGCAGGAACAGGGGAUUUAGAAACUGAGUAACAAGCAGGCAAGUCAUCAAGAGACAGCAUAAUCUCGAGGACUGCCAUAAUCAUUCCUGAAAAGAUUCAAAUAAAUGCUGACUUGAGUAUUUGGGUUUGGAACAUUACAAGAGGAAGGUGAUCACCUGGAAUAUCUUCAUUUUUGUCACUCCUGCUCUGUGUUUGAUUGCUAGAAAUUUUACUUGAAGUGUUGAAUUAUUCUAUUUAAAUAAGUUGUAGUAUUAUUAUGUAGUCUGAAAUUAUUAUUAAAAAAUAAUGAAUUGUAUGCCCUGCUUUUUUACUUCAUUAGAACUUAUAGGUAUAACUCAA